UCUUCUCGUGUUCUUCCACGUGUGCCUUUCAAAGUAAUCGACAAAAGUUGCAUUAUUUGUUAAAAUUGGAUUCUUACUCGAGAGAAUUCAAUUAGUUAUUUCUUGUGCAGGGUCAACCCUGGUCGUCCCUUAUAGGAAAACUUCUCCUUAAAGGGCCUUUUUGAAGCACUGAUUAAAAAUAAACAGAAUGGAGGACGCCGUCGAGGACAAGAAGAAGGCCCAUCGGGAACGCCGUGCUGGGCGCAAGGCGGACAAGAAAAAAUCCAAAGACCCUCACGUGCAAGAAUUAGAUGCCCGACAACGCAACCCCAAAGCAUUUGCCAUCCAGUCGGUCGCAAAGGCUCAAAAACGAUUCCACAGGGCACAAGAUUUGGAAACGAAAAAACAACAUAUUCCGUUAGUAGACAGAACUCCUCUAGAACCGCCGCCAAUCAUCGUGGCCAUCGUUGGUCCGCCCAAAGUUGGGAAAACCACUUUGCUGCAGGCUUUAAUCAAGAAUUUUACGCGACAAAAUGUGACGUCUAUCCAGGGACCCAUCACGCUCGUUACGGGUAAAAAACGGAGAGUGACUUUUAUGGAAUGUAAUAAUGAUAUCAAUUCGAUGAUCGACAUUGCCAAAGUUGCUGACCUUGUCUUACUUUUGACCGAUGCCUCCUUUGGCUUCGAAAUGGAAAUUUUUGAGUUUCUCAACAUCUGCCAGGUGCAUGGAUUUCCCCGAGUCAUGGGCGUUCUGACUCAUCUGGACAUGUUCAAAAAUAAUAAACAACUCAAAAAGACAAAGAAGGUGUUGAAACAUCGAUUUUGGACUGAAGUUUAUCAAGGAGCGAAAUUGUUUUACCUUUCCGGCCAACUCCAUGGAACGUAUCCUAAACACGAGGUCAAGAAUCUUGGCCGGUUCAUUUCGGUCAUGAAGUUUCGUCCGCUUUUGUGGAGGACGACUCAUCCCUACGUUAUGGUAGAUCGCUUAGAGGACAUGACGCCACCUAGUCGGUUACACGAGAAUCCCAAGUGCAACCGGAACGUUUGCCUUUACGGCUUUGUCCGUGGGGUCCACUUGAGAAACCAUUGCCCUGUUCACAUCCCAGGCUGUGGCGAUUUCCGUCUGAAAGACGUAUCGUUUCUACCCGAUCCAUGCCCACUGCCGGACAAAAUGAAAAAACGAUCUCUCAUCGAGAAAGAGAAGCUCAUCUAUGCCCCCAUGUCGGGUGUAGGAGGCAUUAUUUACGACAAGGAUUCUAUUUAUAUUGAGCUUGGUGGUAGUCACUCACACACCAAACAGGAUGAUCCUUCAAAUCCUAAAUCAGAGAUGAUUUCAUCGUUAAUGAAAUUGCAAAGGACUUUAGAUGCACAGAUGUCUGAAUCCAGGGUGGAAGGACCCACUCUAGCCCAGGCAGAUGAUGAAGAUGACGAAGAAUCCUAUUCUGAUCAAGAGGAAGUAGCGAACGGUAAACCGCGUGAGGAAAUCGUUCAUGACGAAGUGUCUGGACGGACGAGAAGAAAGGCCGUUUUUAAUGAUAACCUCGAAGAGGAACUAGGGGACGAUGAUGACGAAGAAGAUGAAGAAGAACGGCUGGACGAUGAAGAUUGUGAAGAAGAAUUCGAAGAAAUCAAACUACGUUCCAUCAAUCCCAAAGAUCGAGAGGAGAAACUGGUGUAUGAAGAAUCUGAAGAGGAAGACGAACUACCUCCUGUUAAUCCUAAUGCAAUAUCUACCGAGAAAUUGAGUGCUACGGCGAAACUACGCAAACAGUUAGCCGAAUUUCUUGACGAGGAUGAGAGUGAAGACGAAAGUGAUGGAGACGAUGAAAUGCAAACCAUCAUUGAAGAAAAAGUGGAAGGAGUUGACGGCCAGUUCCGCCGAGGUGAAGUCAUUUACGAUCUAAACGACGCAACGGUUGAUGAAACUGCAGAACCCGCGCGAAAGAAACCGAAAACUGGCAAGAAGAAGCCGAUCGACAAAGAUAUGGAAGUCCACAUGAAAAUCAAAUCGACCCUUGAGGCCCUAAAGAAGCCAAAUCAGGUCAGCAAGAAACAAGAAGAACCGAUGGAAACGGACAACGAAGACGACGAGUCGGAACAUGAUGAUAUCGACUUGAAAUGGAAAGACAAUCUGGCACAAAAAGCUUCCGAAGCGUUUUAUCAAAGACAAACUGGCAAAGGCAAUUUACGGAAGUUAGUUUACGGUCCAGAUAUCACUGAAGAGAAAGAUAGCGAUGAGUCGGAAGGCGAUGAUGGAGAUGAUGAUCGUCUAGGUGGAUUGUUCAAAAUUGCGUCGGACAAGCGGCAUCACACCCAAAACACUAUAAGCGCCAAAGAUAACGUAGACAGCUCAUUCUUUCGUGUUGACAAACUGCAGGACUGGUCCAAGUCGGAUGUGCUCGAUAGCAUUCGCGAUUGCUUCGUGACGGGCAAGUGGAAAGACGACGAAGAUGCAGAAGAACUUUUGGCCAUGGACGAUCUCGACGAUAUGGACUCUGAAGGUGAUUUUGAAGACCUAGAAACCGGACAAAUCUCUCAAGCUAGCAAGAAAGACGGUGCUGAGAAGGAAGAUUUAUCACCAGAAGAAGAGCGUAAAAGAUUGAUUGAAAAGAAACGCAAACUUAAGGAGCAGUUCAACUCGGAAUACGAUGAAGGUGGAUCCAAAAAGAAAACGUACUACGACGAGCUCAAGGAAGAGCUGGAUCAACAAGCCCAGCUUAAUAAAAGCGAAUUUGACGGUUUGGACGAUGAAACCCGUAUCCAGUACGAAGGUUUCCGACCGGGGAUGUACGUCCGCAUGGAAGUUGAAGACGUUCCUUGCGAAUUGCUGACCAAUUUCAAUCCCAUUUACCCGUUGAUUGUUGGGGCUUUGUUGCCUGGAGAAGAAAAUAUUGGAUUCGUUCAGGCUCGUUUGAAGAAGCAUAGAUGGCAGCGCCGUAUCUUAAAGACGAAAGAUCCGUUGAUCCUAUCGUUAGGCUGGCGCCGAUUUCAAACCAUUCCGCUUUAUUCGAUCCACGAUCAUAAUGGACGUCAUCGUCAGUUAAAGUAUACACCGGAACAUCUUCAUUGUACAGCUUCUUUCUGGGGCCCUUUGACACCGCAAGGUACUGGUCUUCUGGCCGUCCAGUCCGUCUCACAAGUGCAGUCUGGAUUCCGGAUAGCGGCGACGGGCACCAUUCUCGAUUUAGACAAAUCGACUCAAAUCGUCAAGAAACUCAAACUAGUCGGUACACCGUUCCAGAUUUACCGAAAGACGGCCUUCAUCGAAGGCAUGUUUUCCUCGACUCUGGAAGUGGCGAAAUUUGAAGGCGCAUCCAUCCGCACCGUUUCGGGCAUUCGUGGUCAAAUUAAGAAAGCCAUCCGUAGUCCGGAAGGAUCCUUCCGUGCCACCUUUGAAGAUAAAAUUAAGUUGAGCGACAUUGUCUUUGUAAGGACUUGGUUCCGAGUGGAUGUUCCGGAAUUUUACACCCCCGUAACAUCGCUGCUGUUACCUCCCGACGCCAAGAACACUUGGAUGGGUAUGAAGACAUUAGGUCAGAUCAAACGCGAACGCAACAUCAGGAACGAGGCCAACGCUGACAGUAUGUACACGCCUAUCGAGAGGAAGCCUCGCGUCUUCCAGCCACUGGUAAUUCCACGAGCCCUUCAGAGUGCUCUACCUUACAUCAAUCGGCCGAAACUGAAGAAGGCCGACCACCAACCUGGCACUAUCGAGGCCGUCCGAGCUCAACGGCCGGCUGUUGUGUUGGAGCCUCGCGAGCAGAAGGUGGCCAAAUUGAUGGCCAUGUUGAAAACACGCUACCAGGACAGGACGGACCGUCUUCACGUGGAAGCCGUUGAGCGAUUGGCCGCUCACCGCGCUGUAGUCCAAGCCGAAGCACAAAGAAAAAUGAAGAAACAGAAGGAAGCGCGGCAGGCCGUCUCGCGAUUAUUGAGUCGCGCUGAAAUUAUCAAAGAAGCUAAAGCGCGAAAGAGAGGAGGCUCAGGCGGAGGGGAAGACAGUGGAAGGGGUGGAAGAGGUAGAGGGCGGGGCAGAGGUCGAGGAGGGAGAAGGUAGUAACAUUCUGACUUCCUUAUGUUGGUAUUCCCCCACCCCAUAUGCAUCGCUGGUCCUGUGUGUAUACUUCAAUCGAUGAAACUCGAUAUCGAGAAUUGACGAGCGGAAUACACUUUUGUUUUCCGACCAUCGGUCGAACCGACCUGAUGACGUCUUUUCAAGAAAA